GACGUCGGCGCCCAUGCAAGCAACCGCCACGAGACCGACGACAUCGCAGAAAACGGCCCAGCACCACCGCAGGACGUCGACGGCAACGCCCGCAUCCGACACCCACAAGCCCCGCUGCCACGCGCCACCUUGGCCACGAAGACCCGCGAUGACACGGCAGAAUCAAAAGUCGCGGCAACGACUCCGAGCGCGCCGACCACGGUCACCCAGCCGGCGCCGCAUGGCCCACCCUCAUCGAGCACCUCCACGACAGCCGCAUACGACCCUCCCCCAUGCUACACCGCGUACUUUGAGCCACAGAGCGCAGCCUACUGCGGACUCCACGCCAUCAAUAACGGACUCGGCUUCCAGUACCGCACACCAGACAUGGCGUCCGACGCAGUGCCGGACUUCCUCGCGCACUGGGCGCAUGAAGGAGUGGACGCAGCCGCAGAUGACCACAUUGCUCCAAGCGGAGAUUACUCUAUCGAGUUACUCUCCUUCUCAUUGCAGUGUUCUGGGAACGUCUUUACCAUCGAGACAACGAACCCGAUGCGGGCCUCGGUCAACGAUGUCGGCAGUCUCAGCCAGGAAGGGAUUCGGAACACGGUGGGCAUUGGGUAA